CCGUAGCGUUGACAGUCCACCGAACAGCAGAAAUGAAAUAAAUCACCCGAAAACGAGCAACAGUGCAUGUUCUCGUGUUUUAGCAAUUUAAUGCUUCGAGGUUUUCCAAUCUUCUCUAUUGUCUUUCUAAGCAUGUCUUACAUUUCCAUAAGGGUCCCGCCUCUGGGUUUAUAACGCGCACCCGUUGAGCGCUCUCGAGCAGCAGAGCGCAGAAAGUGAGCCAGAAGUGAAGACUUCACCUGUUUCAAAGGCUACUGGGGCCAUGAACGAGCUCCCUGAAAAGGAUGACAUCUAAAUGUCAGCCUUCAGAUAUUCCGCCACAAAAUCUUUCUGCAGGAACCGUUAUGUUGGAUUCCAACGUCUCCAAAUCUUUACAGGACAGCACCGAAAAGAGUGCCAGCUGUGGAUUUGUAUCCGUGUUUUUUCCCAUCAUAAUGAUGGUGACUGGAAUGGUCGGGAACUCCCUCGCAAUGCUGCUAGUUUAUAAUGCGUACAGAAGAAAGGAAAACAAAAGAAAGAAGUCUUUUCUACUUUGCAUCGGGUCGUUGGCGUUAACUGACCUGUUCGGCCAGGUGCUCACAACACCAAUAGUCAUUUCUGUGUACCGAGCAGAUCUGACAUGGGAACGGGUGGACUCGUCGGGAAGUCUGUGCGCCUUCUUUGGGGUGUGCAUGACCACUUUUGGUUUGUGUCCGCUCUUUUUAGCAAGUGCCAUGGCCAUCGAGAGGGCCUUGGCCAUCACUGCCCCUCACUGGUACUCGCAUUACAUGAAAACCUCCUUGACCAAACAAGUUCUGGUCAUUAUUUGGUGUUUGGUUUUGCUCUUUGCCUUGUUGCCUGUUGCAGGCGUUGGACAAUAUACUUUGCAGUGGCCAGGCACUUGGUGUUUCAUAAGUACGGGUGACAAGGACGUAACGGGAAAUACGUUUUUUGCCACGACUUUUGCUGCGCUCGGCGUAUUUUCGUUGCUCGUUACUAUGUCUUGUAAUGUUGUGACCAUCCGUGCAUUGGUUGCACGUUGCAAAGCAAAGGCAAGCUCAACCCAAGCAUCCAAGCAAUGGGAGAAGUUAACAACAGAGACUGUUAUUCAGUUGAUGGGCAUUAUGUGUGUUUUGUUGACGUGUUGGUCACCUCUACUGAUCCUUAUGUUGAAGAUGAUCUCAACCCACACCUCCUCCCAUCACUGCAAGUCUGCUGCUGUAUCUCUCUUACCCAGCCAGGACUUACAGAUGGACUGCAACUUUUUUCUCACAGCCAUACGCCUGGCUUCACUCAAUCAGAUCCUGGAUCCGUGGGUUUACCUGCUUCUGAGAGAGAUUCUUUUGAGGAAGUUCUGCCAGGUGGCCAGUGCAGUAUCCAGGUGUUCAUUGGAGGGCCAGAAGGAAACCCAGUCUCUGGAUGUCCUGAAUAAGAAGCCCAUUCAGAGUGAUAAUGUUCAGAAACAUUCGCUAAACAUGGAGAACUGUAACCUGAAUGGGGGGAAUGAGGAACAGCAGUUCCAGAGGAAAAAAUGAGAAAGCUCUAAUGAAUUAGACAUGCGAGAACAUGAAGAAAUAAUGAAAUUAAUGUGAGUUACGGCCUUUAGUCGAGUUUAACUUGCUUACACUGUGAACACAGCAAUGGAAAAAAGGAUUGCAUAAUAUUUCAAUGCUAAAUUAGACGCCCUGGACGAAGAAACAAGGUCUGCCUUGUGACUAUUCAGUGCUUUCUAUUUAUAAAUAUGAAUGUGGUUUCCUAUGUUCUUAUCAAAUAUACAACUGUACUUAUCGGUGUAUUUAUGUUGCCAAGGGCAUCUAAUCUGAUUUUCUUUUAUAUAGAAAGGUUAAAAAUUCCGAUGUAUGGUGUGCUGGAGUCCAAGACAGACUGAGAAAUUCGAAAUGGAUUCUGAAAUGGAAUCGGAAAUGUGUCUGACUGUGUUAAAGGCACGUUCAUCAAACAUAAGUGCAACUACAGUCUAGAACACAGCGAGAGAUGUGAGUGCUUUCAAAAUGAACCAUUGAUUUAUCUGUAAAUAAUAAUUUAUUGUAUAUGUGCAUGCAAUAAGAGCUGCCGGAUAACGUUUGCAUGCAAAGCCACCAGCAAAUCAUAUUUUGGGUCAUACCCAUCAGCGAAUGUUGUAAUGAAAGAUGCCAAAUCAAAAGCGUGUCAGGUCAGUGUUUUAAAAACAAGGUUUCAUGUAUGUAUUAUGGGUUUUACAUUUAUUUAUGUUGUAAGACAAGACCCUGUGUCAGUUUCUGGACCUGGUUCACAGCCAGAGCUGUCAUUAAGCUUGUAUCAACAGAUGGUCGUGGCUCUGCUUGUGUGUUUUUGAUAAGAAAUGUUUGCAUAUGCUUGUGAGUGUUUGACUCGUCUUUUAACUGCUCCAGGCCAGAUAUGCUUGCCUUGUAUUGGUGCUUCUAAAGUACAUCAUUAUUCGAUUCUGUGCAGUCUGUGAUUUCUGUCUGUUGGGAUUGACUGUGUUUUAUGGCAUUAUCAUAAUUUGAUCGGGGAGGGGUACAUCAAAGUGCUUUUGUUACUGUAAGCCCCCUAUAUUUUGCACAAUUAGCAAAAUUUGGGGGGUUCAAGCUUUGUGUUAGUAAUUGCUAAAUUCUUUGUUUUGGAAAACAAUGUGUGUUCGAAUAUGAAAUUUUGUUAAAACAUUUUGACUGAACUUUCUUACUGAUCGUUCACUGCUUGGUACAAGAAUAAUCCUGAUUCUUAUUUGGCUCUCAUUGAAAUACUUUGUCUCUGUUGAUAAAUUUCCAAUUUCUAACCAAUAAAAUAAAGAGCUCACAUGAAACUGG